AUGGCCGAUGAUACGGCUGCCACAGAGGCGGCACCUGUCAGCUUUACCGUUAAGUCAUCGACAGAUGCCAAGUAUAACUUGACUCUUCCUCUCACCACUUUGGUGUCGGAGCUCAAACAGAAACUCUCGACCUCCGAAUACGCCGAUACCCCCGCAGACCGACAGCGCCUGAUCUACUCCGGUCGGGUUCUGAAAGAUAACGAGACUUUGGAGACCUACAAGAUCAAGGAUAGCCACACUAUUCAUUUGGUGAAGAGUGCUCAGAGCAAUCAACAACGCCAGAAUGCAGCUGCUCAGCCCGCGACUGCCGCUGCGGGUACCCCGAACCCCGCUGCAGCUGGUGUCCCAACAAACCUCGCCGCUGGUACUGGAAACAACCCACUCGCUGGUUUGACCGGUGCACGCUACGCUGGUUUCGCCCAGCUUCCUAAUCAAGGCCUUUUUGGUCCUGAUGGUGGGAUGGGACCUCCUCCUGAUACUGAUACGAUGCUCAACAUGCUCGAAAACCCUCAAUUCCAAUCGAGCAUCAAUGAAGCCCUGCAGAACCCCGCUAUGAUUGAUAUGAUGAUCCAGCAGAACCCCAUGCUUCGCGACAUGGGACCUGGAGUGCGCCAAAUGUUUGAAAGCCCCGAGUUCCGCCGAAUGUUGACCGACCCCAGUAUGCUCCGUCAGAUGACACAAAUGCAACGGGCCAUGGGUGGUGGAAUGGGUGGUGGUGAAAGCGCAUUCCCCGCCCCGGGAGUGACCAACACGACUGCUUCGGAAAACCAAGGCUCUCAGCAAAAUGCCCCAGCCAAUCCAUUUGGACAGAUGCCUCAGAACCCCCUCGGUAACCCUUUCGCUUCUCUGUUUGGAGCCGGAGGUAACCCCUUUGCCGCUCCUCCAGCUGCUCCAGGCGCCACUCCGUCAGAGGGUGCAGAAGGCACGGAUCGAUCCACUACCGAGGGACAGACCCAGCAGCCUCCGAAUCCAUUCGCUUCGCUACUUAACCCAGCUAUCUUUGGUAACGCGGGUGCCGCUGGUGCCGGUCCAGGUGCGAACAUGUUCAACCCCCAGACAAAUCCUUUCCUGCGCGAUCCUGCGCUCCUGUCUCAGAUGAUGCAGGGUAUGGGGCAAGGCGGAGAAGGUGCCGGAGCAAACCCUUUGGCUGCGAUGUUUGGUGGUGGUGGCAUGGGCGCAUCUCAGCCUCCAGACAACCGACCUCCAGAGGAGCGCUACGCCGACCAGCUCCGUCAGUUGAAUGAUAUGGGUUUCUUUGAGUUCGAGAGGAAUAUCCAGGCAUUACGCCGUUCUGGCGGUAGUGUGCAAGGAGCUGUGGAGUACCUCCUCAGCGGUUGA